AUGUCAGAAGCUGUGAAUCUCGCCCUAUAUUUAAAAACAAUUGCAACUCAACUAACACGUUAUUUGUCUAUAUUCAUUCUUCUAUGUGGAACAAUAGGUAAUAUGUUAAAUAUAAUUGUAUUUACGCAACGCUCAUUACGUUCGAAUCCAUGCUCAAUUUUUUUUUUAUCGUCAUCGAUAUCAAGUUUAUUUGCACUCUUUUCUGGUCUUAUAACACGGAUAUUAGCCACAUAUCAACUCGAUCCAACUAGUAAGUCACCUAUACAAUGUAAAAUAAGAAAUUUUCUCAUGUUUUCAACAUUAACAACAUCAACAUGGUUUAUUGCAUUCGCUUCAAUUGAUCGCUAUUUGGUUAGUAGUCACAAUGGCAGACACCGUCAACUAAGUAAUCUAAAAAGAACUUAUUAUCUUGUUGGAAUUUUAACAAUUUUAUCAAUAUUGAUCUGUAGCGAGAUGUUUUAUUGUUUUGAAGCUAACCUUUCAACUCCACCAUCACCAGUACCGUGUUAUUCUAAAAAUUAUCCAUGUCGAUUAUAUAAUGAUUUAACAUUUGCAAUUAUAGUUGUACUAAUACCUUGUUUUAUAAUGUCAGUAUUUGGAUAUUUAACAAUAUUAAAUGUUAGAAAACUUAACCUAUUAGUUUAUGUUUCGUCUACUCAAAAUGCUACAAGAAAACUUAAAAGAUCUGAUCGACAAUUAAUACAAAUGUUACUUAUACAAGUUGUGUUAACAACAAUGCUUGCAUUACCAAUAGCCGUUCAGCGUUUGUAUGCAACAUUCACCAUAAAUUUAGUUAAAAAUCAAUUACAAUUAUCAAUUGAAAGUUUUUCAUAUCAAAUACUUCUGUUAUUAACUUUUAUUAGUAUGGGUAUACCAUUUUAUUUAUACUUAUUAACUAGUACACUAUUUAGACACACACUUAUGGAUCUAUUUUGUAAAUAUUCAAUGCAUCGGACAAUUUCAACACAGAAAAAAAGUGUUUCUACAUGA